AACAACAUGCCAAAGCAGGUAGAAGUACGAAUGCAUGAAAGCCAUAUGAGUCCAGUGGAACUUCAGCCGAAGCACCUCUUUGUACGACUCUGGCUUUCACUCAGAAAAAAUCUGCUCCUUUCACUUACUGUAUUUGGUGUCAUUAUGGGGGCAUUAUGUGGAAUGCUCCUUCGCAUGGCAGCUCCUAUUAAUCCCGAUGUCGUCAUGUUGAUAGCCUUCCCAGGAGAUAUUUUGAUGCGGAUGUUGAAAAUGUUGAUCCUCCCUUUAAUUAUCUCAAGUUUAAUCACAGGGCUGUCUGGCCUGGAUGCUAAGGCCAGUGGUCGAUUAGGGACGAGAGCUAUGGUUUACUAUAUGUCUACAACAAUCAUUGCUGCUGUCCUUGGAGUGAUCUUGGUGUUAGCCAUUCAUCCUGGCAAUCCAAAACUGAAGAAGCAGUUGGGUGAAGGAAAGAAGAAUGAUGAAGUAUCAAGCCUUGAUGCUUUCUUGGAUCUUAUUCGAAACUUGUUCCCUGAAAACCUUGUGCAAGCAUGUUUUCAACAGAUUCAAACUGUUACCAAAAAUGUGCUCAUCCCACAAGAAGUAGAAGAACCAUCUAAUGUUACAGAUUCCAUCUUUACCAUCAUGAAUGAAACAGAAGCUACUGCAGAGCCUCAGUUUGUUGUUAAGAAAGGCCUUGAGUUUAAGGAUGGAAUGAAUGUCUUAGGCCUCAUUGGGUUUUUCAUUGCUUUUGGUAUUGCAAUGGGCAAGAUGGGAGAUCAAGCCAAGAUGAUGGUGGAUUUCUUCAAUAUCUUGAAUGAGAUUGUAAUGAAGUUAGUCAUUAUGAUCAUGUGGUAUUCUCCAUUGGGCAUUGCCUGCCUCAUUUGUGGAAAAAUCAUUGCAAUCAAGGAUUUGGAAGUAGUUGCUCGGCAGCUUGGCAUGUACAUGGUAACCGUGAUUGUAGGUCUUCUCAUCCAUGGAGGGAUUUUUUUGCCUCUGUUGUAUUUUGUAAUUACAAGAAAAAAUCCCUUCUCAUUUUUUGCUGGGAUCUUUCAAGCAUGGAUCACUGCUCUCGGCACAGCUUCAAGUGCUGGUACACUGCCUGUUACCUUCCGCUGCCUUGAAGAAAAUUUGGGCAUUGAUAAGCGUGUGACAAGAUUUGUCUUGCCUGUUGGAGCCACCAUUAAUAUGGAUGGAACUGCCCUUUAUGAAGCAGUGGCUGCCAUCUUCAUAGCACAGAUGAAUGGCAUUGUGUUGGACGGUGGACAGAUAGUCACUGUCAGUUUGACAGCCACCCUUGCCAGUGUUGGAGCUGCAAGUAUACCUAGUGCAGGACUGGUGACCAUGCUUCUUAUCCUCACUGCAGUAGGACUUCCCACGCAAGAUAUCAGCUUACUCGUUGCGGUAGAUUGGCUGUUAGAUCGAAUGAGAACAUCUGUCAAUGUGGUAGGAGACUCGUUUGGAGCUGGCAUUGUUUAUCAUCUAUCCAAAGCAGAACUGGAAAACCUUGAUGCCCAUCACAAGAUACAUGAAGAUAUUGAAAUGACCAAGACUCAGUCAAUUUAUGAUGAUCUGAAAAAUCACAGGGAAAACAACUCAAACCAGUGUGUUUACACAGCUCACAACUCUGUCAUAAUAGAUGAAUGCAAGGUAACCUUGGCAACCAAUGGCAAAUCUGCAGACUUCAGUGCUGUCGAAGAAGAACUUUGGAAACAUGAGAAAUAA